UCACAAGACCUCAAAGAUUUACGAAAAUGGGGAAGUACAUGGGAUAUGAAAUCAACUCCUCGACCCAGGUUCCACGGAGCCAUGGUGGAGUGAGCGACAGCGAGAGCAACGUCCUGCAACAACCCCUGCUCCAGCACUCCUCGCGCGCCAUGUACCCCAUGGCCAGCAAAUCGAUACCGACCGACGUCUUCAAGCCCGGCUUCUGCGACUCGGAAACGCCCAUCGCAGCGGAGCUCACACAGUCGUUCCUUGACUUCGCAUCGAAGAGUGGAGGCAUAAAUCUCAAGCAGAUGGGUGUUAGGCCGGGGCAGAGAUGGUGUGUUGAGGCGAGUAGGUGGCAACAGACCCUACAGCAUGAGAAGGAGGCGGGAGUAGAGGUGCCGCCAGUUAAGCUGGCCUGCACGCAUGAGAGUGCGUUGAAGACUGUAGAUCUGGAUUUGUUGAAGAAGUAUGCAGCGCCUACGGAUGCCUAGCCUUGUCGUGCGCGGACCAUGUACUAUCAUACGCCAUUGGGUUUGUUUUUGAUCUUACUGGAG